AUGCGUGGCCUUGCAGCAGGUGUGGCCCUAGCGGCCAAACUUCCCUCCCGCUCGUCAAAUCCUCCGCUGCCGACAGAAGUGAGCGCCACGUGCCGCUUGAUGGAGUCCUUUGUUAGGCUCGGGGCGCUGGAGCCCGAUGCAAGGGAGCGCACGAAUGGCCUCCUCCAGCAUGCCUUCCACCGUGCAGCGCAAAACCAGGCUUUUCAGGGCCAAGGGUACCGGGACAUUUUCGACCUCCACCACAACCGUACGGGCCAGGAGCUCCCGCCGACGUGCAGAGGCAGCACCCGCCAUGACUCGGCUCUCUUGCAUCCUGCCUUGGCCUUCUCGGAUGCCUUCGCCGCCCAUGCCCCAGGUUUGCUUCGGGAGGCUCACAGGUGCAGCUCCCUUGAGGAGGUGGGAGUAGCUUUGCAGGCGUUUUCUCAGGCAGCUGAGGCCUCGGUUGGCGCUGCCCUUGCCAAACAGCAUGCGCUUGAUCCCGUGCAACAACCCCUCGCCCAUCUUCCCCGCAAGUACCGUGGCCGUUGCUGCCCUAGGGAGUUAGUUAAAAAGGAGGCCGCUGUCAUGUGCCGCCCCGACCGGGAGGGUGGCUAUACACCGGAUGUGGAGGUCACUUCUGUGCUGGCCCGGCUAAAAGUGCGACAGGUGCGACGGCUCAUAACUUUUCAGCGCGGCCUUGCAAAAGCCAAGCAGAUCGGGCUUCCACCCUCGCCAAGUUGCACCUCUCAGCUCCGAGCUGAGUGGCGGGCAAUUGUCAAAGCCCACGGCUAUGGUCCUGCCUUCCCUAGUUGGGUCCUGGAUGUUGCGUGCUUCCAUGAAUUUCACCUUGACCUCCCGCCGGCCGAUUGGCUUAGUGACCUUGUUGCCUAUGUCCGCUAUGACUGUGACUGCACUGCAAGACAGGAGGCCCGCAGGCGCAAGGAUGACUUUCUGAGUCAGGUCAGCAUUGAUGCAGAGGUUGGAGGCAAUCGACAAGGUUUUCGGGCCAUGAGUGCAGCGCCCAACCCUCCGUUCACGGAAGUGCCAAGUUCAGCGAGUGCUGAGGUGCAGCAGGUCUCUACCGGAGGCUCACAUGAUGAUGUAGCGUACGCACUCAGCUCGGCCGCCCUCUUUGUGUGCGGCCUCCCGGCAAAGCUACAAGGUCAGGAGUGCAUCGUUCAACAAGCCACUGCGGAUGCAGUUGUCCUUCGCGGACAGUGCCUACCGCCUGCCGGUCUUCUUGAGCAAAGCUACAUAGCCUGUACGGCGCCCGAGCUGCAUGCCGCCUUCGAAGGCUUCUGGUGCCCGUUGUGGCAAAGAGACAAGGGGCAGCGUAGUGCAGACAUUUCGUCCUGGCCCCAGCUGCAGGCUUUCCUUGCCCGCUCGGCGCUCUCCUUCCCUGAGGUUCACUUGCAGUGCUCACCGGAGCAGUGGCGUGAAGCGAUACGUCGCAUGCCUGCCCGAAAGGCUACUGGCGUUUGCGGCUGGUCCCCGACUGACUUAAAGCUGCUGCCUGACCAAGCGCUUGAGAUACUGAGUGCUAUCUUUCAAGCCGCUGUGCUGUAUGGCCUACCGGAGUACAUGUUGCAAGCCCGGGUGUGUGUGCUGGCAAAGGUUCACUGCCCUUCGCACAUAAAGCAGAGCCGUCCCAUCACUGUCUUUAGCACUCUCUAUAGAGUCUGGGCCUCUGUCGUCACACGUGAGAUACUGCAAGCCUGGAGUCAAACCUUCCCGCCCGCUGUCAUGGGUUCCAUGCCGGGCAAGGCCUGCCGUGACCUGAGUUACCGGCAGCAGCACUGGAUUGAGCGCGCCCUGCUCACUGGCACCCCUCGCCACGGCUUUUCCCUUGAUAUCAUCAAGUGCUUCAACCAGCUCGGCUGGCCUGCCAUUGAAGGCCUGCUGGUCCGCCUGGGCGUGCCUGGCCCGGUCGUUCACUUUUGGAUCGACUGCCUCCGUAAGCUUCGACGCCAUACGAGUUUCCUGGGUGACCUCUCCAAGGGUACUAAGUGCUUCAAUGGUGCCCCUGAGGGUGAUCCGUUGAGUGUGGCCGCCUUAGCAGGAGUGUGUUGCUUCGCCGAAGAAGCCUGCCGCACCGCAGGCGUCGACUAUGAUACGUAUGUUGACAACUGGAGUUGGUCCGGCCCGAGCACGACGGGGUUGGAAGACGCUCUUCCUAAAGCUUUGGGUUUCCUUGAGGCUUUGUCCUUGCCUGUUGACUGGACUAAGUCCUACACUUGGUCCACCAAUGCAGCUGGUCGUGCAUGGUGGAAGAAGGCUCAUAACCGGGUUUUCCCCCAAGGCGCCGAGGUCCACAAUGUUUCUGAGGUGCGUGACUUGGGAGUUGCUUUCAAGUUUGACGGCCGCAUUCAUGCAGUGUCCCGCAACGCCCGCAUACAGGAUGGCAUCGACAGACUCGAGCGCCUGCGCAACCAGCCGCGCAGUCCUUCUCUCAAAGCCUCGAUGAUACAACGGGGAGUGUGGACGGCCACAUUGUACGGCGCCGAGGGUCAUGCCUUUUCGUUGGCAGAUUUCCGGAAGCUGCGGGGGAGUGCCGCGCGUACCAUUGUUGGCCAAUACAAAGUGAUGUCCCCUUUCCUCGCCCUGGCCUCCAUCUCAUCGUCCUGCCAAGAUCCGCAAUUGUAUUGUUUGGAGCAGCAGCUUCAGGUCUUGCGUAGAGUCAGCCAGCAGGAUGCUGACUUGGCCCUUUCAGUUCUGGAGCUUGCGGCCCUGGACCCCCCGCACCGCGUGUGUCAUGGGCCGGCUACAGCGUUGCGUAUUUCACUUGACCGAUUGGGCCUGUCUUUAAGUUCCUCUGGUUUGCUUAAGGGGCUGGAUAAUACUUGGGUUGAUGUGACUGCCUGCCACAGAAAGGAGCUCCAUAGCCUUUUGCAAAGGUCCUGGUCGCGGCAUGUGCAGGAGCAGGUAUCCCACAGGAAUGGCCUCCACAACGCGCCAGAAGUGCAUACUGCUGAAACCGGGCGCCUCCUCCAGUCGUUUUCUGCCAAAGACCAGAUGAUUCUGACCAGGCAUAUAACUGGUGCUUUCUCUUCAGCUGCCAGCAAGAACCAGUGGGAGCCAGAGAUACCGGCAGAGUGCCCACUUUGCGGGAUAAAGCAGACCAAGGCGCACAAGUUCCUACACUGCCCCAAACUCCAACAUGUGCGGGCACCCUGCGCAGAGCUACUGGAAAAGGUCAGUGAGGACUGGCCCCACUGGAUCCAUGCCCCCUACGCAGCCAUGCCGGGUGGACUUGAGGUUAACCGCCUCAUAUUCGCCACACGUGACCUGCUGUUGCCGCAGACGACAGGGAUUGAUCAAAAGGCCAUUGGUCCUCGCCCGUUCCUGCGUUUCUUUACCGACGGGUCCUGCAGGUACCCCACUUUCCCGGAUGCCAGCUUUGCAGGCUUCGCUGUCCUGCUCGACACCAGCCCUAGUGAUGAUUGCAUACCGGCGCUUCUGGCCAAGUGGCGUUCCUCGGGGACUCCCCCGCGCGAGUUCCGGAUUCUCCAUCAGGGACUGGUGCCAGGCGUGCAGUCCAUCAACAGAGCAGAGCUCUGCGCCAUCAUCCAAGCCUUGCGGCUGGCUGUGCAGAUGCAAGCAACGGAGUGUGAAAUCUGGUCCGACAGUGCCUUCGCAAUACGUGAGGUUGCGCGAACCCGAAAUGGGCUGCCCUCCACCUGGCCGGACUUGGGAGCCAUUCUUGGGCGACUGCCGUUGCAUUUGGCCCGACUGCGUAAGGUCGCUUCGCACCAGAACCUUGCUGCCCUUUCCGGCAUGGAGCAGUGGGUUGCAGCUGGGAAUGAAGCUGCUGAUGUUGCUGCAAAGGCAGCAGUCUCCCGUGAACUGUCCUGCGUACAGGAAACUGCAGAGACGGCCCAGUGUUACUUGGCUGAGCAGCGCGUCCAGUUGCAGGCUUUCUGGCGUUACUUGUUGCAAGUGUCUGCUGAGGAGAUGCGAUUGUUGCGAGAGCAGGGUUCUGGGUCUGGGGCAGCGAUUGCGGUUUUGACGCAGACUGCCGCUGUUGACGCUUGGUUGGCUCUGAACUCUGGCCCUUUUCAGACCUGGGAGCUUCCCCCGAUCCAACGGGCCUGGGUGCUGGCAUGCAGCUGGCCUCCACGGUUUGUGGUGGCGGUGUGGGCAUGGUUGCAAACUCUUCAGUGGACCUACUUGCCGAAUAAGUCCCGGGCGCCGAGUGGAGUCUCGUAUGUGGAGUUGCUGGUUGACUUUGUCCUCAAGUCUGGAAUGUGCCCGCCUGCUGGUCUCAACGACUCUAUGGAUGCAGCAGAGGAGUUUGCUUCUUUACCUGAGGUGCCAAGUACACUGCGCCAGUUGAACCACAGCCUCGUAGAGGUUGUGCGACAACUGGAGCGGUUGUCCGGAGUAACAGUCUGGCCAGCUCGACGAGGCAAGGUGUUUUCACUGCGUGUGCUGGGCUGCAAGGCACCUCGCAUCGGCCUUUGUCUUCGUCCGCUUUUCGACUUUCCGACAGAUGUGGUGCAGAUGCUGCAAGCAGUGUUGAAGGAAGCUAGUGUAGAGCCCUUGCGGGCCUUUUGUCGAGGUAAAGGGAAUACUCCUUCCUCUGAUGAUGAGCAGGUGAAUCAGCUCGUUCCGAGACAAGGACAUGGAG